ACUCACAAUAACCCCUCCUUAUUGACUGGAUCACUUGCCAAGCUUGGAAAUCAAGGCAACCCCCCGGAUAUAACGCUCUUCUGACACAGGACAAAGCAUGGCUUCUGGCGUAACUGUUAAUGAUGAAGUCAUAAAGGUAUUCAAUGAAAUGAAGGUGAGGAAGUCUUCCACACCAGAGGAGAUCAAGAAGAGGAAGAAAGCGGUACUGUUUUGUCUCAGCCCAGAUAAGAAGGAAAUAAUAGUGGAAGAAACUAAGCAGAUAUUAGUUGGUGACAUUGGUGAAGCAGUUCCAGACCCCUACAGGACCUUUGUCAACCUUCUACCACUCGAUGACUGUCGGUAUGGACUGUAUGAUGCAACGUAUGAGACCAAAGAAUCCAAGAAGGAGGACCUUGUCUUCAUCUUUUGGGCGCCAGAUAAUGCACCUCUAAAAAGCAAGAUGAUAUAUGCAAGUUCCAAAGAUGCAAUUAAGAAGAAAUUUACAGGCAUCAAGCAUGAAUGGCAAGUGAACGGAUUGGAUGACAUUAAGGACCGCUGUACCCUGGCAGAUAAACUGGGGGGCAACGUAGUGGUUUCACUUGAAGGAGUUCCACUAAAAUGAAUAAUUCCCACCCUACCCUGCAGAAGUGAACCCAUUCAAAGCUUUUGUUCUGACCAUAGGCAAAGUUUUAGGUGUUUUAUUUAUUGAAUUUCUUUGUUCCCUCAUUCUCAUCCCUCAAAGCACUGUUUUUUUCUGAAAACGUUACCAUGUAAACUUAAAGGCAUGGAGCAGCAUAUACGUGGUAAUGGCAGGGUUGCUUUAAUUAUAGAAAGGCAUCUCCUGUUGUUAAACCCUGAUGAAGAGCCUUAACCACAACCAAGUCUAGCCAUAUCUGUAAUAAUUACUGGCAGAAUUUUUGUAUAAUACAGAAUCUUGCAAUUCUUGUGACCCAAAAAUAUUCAGCUGGGUUAGGCAGCCCAAAGGACAAUGAGCAGGCGUGCCAUGACCCUCCAGUACCAGAUAACACAAGCUGCCAUGUUUGUUGAGUAAAGCUAAAAGGCAGUAUUCGAGUAUUGGUGCUACUUUUUUUGCACUUUUAAUUCACUUUCAAGAUAAGCGUUUGUGAACUGCCCUGUUGGACAUUAACUAGAGGAAUAGAGGGCCCUUGCUAAGAGUUGUCUUCAAAAUGAAUUGCUAGUCAAAAAAAAUUCUCAUCCUGUAACAUCAGUUCUCAUAUUGCAAUGGCAGUUCUUAAGAUCAUCUAGGCUAGUGCCAGAAUUUUUAAUUCUGGUUGAUAGAUUUAUAAGUUAUACAAGCUGUAUGAUCUUCAUUGUUGGCCUCCAGCAACCAACCAUAAUCCAGGAUGACUGAUGAUCUAACUGGGUGCAUGCAUUAGCCAAACACGAAAUGCACUGGGCAGCAAUUCCAACAUAUUCAUAUUGUGUCAAUAUAUGGGCAUUUAGUACUUAGUGACAACAGUGUCGGACUGGGCUUCCACCAGAGAACCUGACAUGUAGGGCCCACUUUCAUGACUAUGAUAACGAUAAAUGUGUGUUAUAUAUGCCUAUAAUGAGAAUAAGAAAGGGUUGAUUGGAAUAUUCCUUGGCUGGCACCAACUAGGCUCUGGGCCCACUAGAAGAUCCAGUCAAAAAAAGUCACUUCAGGUAUAUUGCCAUAACUGCUACAGUACAUUUCACUAUAGGAAAUAGGUAAUAUGUGCCAUAUAUUCUGCCGUUAAAUGCCAACCUAGAAGCUACAUCUUCCCUAUGGCCACAUGGACAUCAAACUGCCUGUCUCUUUAAAUUUGCUAUAUUGCACCUUUUCCCAAUCUCAUCAGGAUAUAAUUUUCUGUUACACAUGCAAUAUAAAUGACUACAGCUCAGCUGCCAGCAGCUGUAAAAGGUUUUAUUGCAUCUGAAGCAACGUGAUAUCCCCCAAGCUUACAAUAGUACUGCAGUUGCUGGGAUGCCUUCAGGAGAUGAAUGGACAGAAAAAGCUGCUAACUCCUCCAGCUGCUGUAGGGUUUUUUAUCAACAGUUGAGUCAAUAAACUAUGCCAUAACUUUACAUGAACCAAGACAUUUAUUGCUGAUUCUGUGCUAAUAAACCAAAUAUAAAACCAUAUAUUUUAGCACCUAUUUUUUAGACCAAAAUUGUAAUAAAAUUGCUGUUCCAGCUAUUAAAUUUACUUGUCACAUUUUCUCUUGGUGAUGUGCCAAGGACAUUUUCCAAACAUAUAAGGGAAUAUUUUCCGAGAAACAAUCAUAAACUAAACCAAAAACAAACCAAUAAUAAAAAGUUUUUACUAUUAUUAUGAUCAUUAUUGUUUGAUGACACCAGAAACAAUGUUUUGUGGAAUUUUGGAUAACUGUGCAAAAUAGGAAUAAACUUGUUGGAUUAUUUCAGACAAA